AUAGAAGCCUCGGAGCGCAUUAUCUUCCCCGUCAUCUCCGUCUGGGCGGUCGGUGCAGCGCCGUGCCGGGGAAACGUCCGGGAGAAGAUGCGUUGAUGCGGGCGGAUAUUCUCAGCCGUCCAGUCUAAUUGGUGUGAUUCAUGUCCCUGUUGAGUGGCUGAAACCUACUCAGCGCCAGGGAGAAGGAGCGAGGGAGAGAAAUACAGAGAGAGAGAGGAGAGAGUGGGGACGCGAUUGGCGCCAGACCCGCACGCAGGAGUCUUUGGAAACGAAGGAAUUAUAAACAGGGCAGGAAAACACGGGAGGCGCGCACGGCAGCGGGUCAAAGUUUUCUUUUGCAGUAGUGGGGUUUUUUCUUCUCUUUUUUUUUCCUGCGGACAUCACUGUGCCUCAGAUUGACGCCGUGAUGGAAUGACACUUGGAAAAAGAGGAUGAUGGACACUUUGGCACCGGAGCUCCUGCUCACAAAUCCCCUCGUUUCCAGCAGCAGGCGCGGUGCUGACCGAGCCCUCAGGACGGUGAUCAGUCAUUUGUUUUGAAGUGGCAGGAAAAUCCUCCUCUUGAUCGUUUCCCUCCCCCCUCUCCCCACACUACCCCCCCUUCCCCCACCCCUCUCGGUUCGCCAAAAAACAAAAAGUGAGAGAUGGUGCGCACAGCGAUUCCUCAGAGACUGACGUGCGUACUCAUCACAUUCCCGUUAAGGAGCGCAUCUUAAAGAGCUUCAUUCUUCAUUCAUGUUCAUUCCGCUGCUCUGAACUUGUUGAACGGCGUUAAAGAGCAGGGGGAGGAAACAGGGAGCACCCCCCGCACGGCAAAUCACCAGAUCGCCACGCAGGACGAGGGCCAUGAUUGACAGCCAGGCGAGCUGAGGAGACCCGUCACUCAUCUUCCUAUCAGCGUGUCAGAGGGCUAUCUCCUUCUUGCCUCCCCCCUCUUCCUUCUCCUCCUCCUCCACCGUCCUCCUCCCUCCCUCAGUCCUCUCCUCUUAUCUUCUCAAUGGGCCGGUAACUGCACCAUCCCUUGUACUGUAGUUAUCCCCCACUCUGAAAAAAAAACAUUUCAAAAAGAGACAGAAAUAGUAAAGAAAAGCAACUUCUAAACUGACCCUCACUCCACCUGAGGGGACUUUGGCAUGCCUCCUCACUCCAGUUGAGUGAGUAGUAGUAAGUGGAAGUAGAAGAGGGAUUCCUUGUUUGCACACCUCCUUGAGAAGGAGCUGAGAGGGGAGCAGUCAUGCGUUUCCAUUUGGCGUUGACGCUGCAGGCGCUGUGGACCGGCGUUUGCCAGGCGGCCAUGCAGCACUACCCUGCAGCAUGGGGCCACUACGAUGUGUGUAAGUCCCAGGUUUACUCCGACGAAGGCUUGACCUGGGACUACAUGGCCUGCCAGCCAGAGGCAGCAGACAUGACCCAGUACCUGAAGGUUUCUCUGGACCCCCCCAACAUCACCUGUGGAGACCCUCCGGAGACGUACUGUGCCCUGGAGAACCCCUAUAUGUGUAAUAAUGAAUGUGAUGCCACCACAGAGGAACUCGCCCACCCUCCGGAGCUCAUGUUCGACAUCGAGGGCCGUAACCCCACAACAUUCUGGCAGUCCACAUCUUGGAAGAAGUACCCAAAGGCCCUCCUGGUCAACAUCACGCUAUCUUGGAACAAGACCAUCGAACUGACCGAUGACAUCGUCCUCACCUUUGAGUCAGGUCGACCCGAACAGAUGGUCCUAGAAAAGUCGCUGGAUUAUGGACGAACCUGGCAGCCCUACCAGUUCUAUGCCACAGACUGCCUGGACGCCUUCACCAUGGAGCCCAAGACGGUGCAGGACCUGACCCAGCAUACCCUGCUGGACAUCAUCUGCACUGAGGACUACUCCCGAGGUUAUGUGUGGAAGUAUGACAAAACAGUGCGUUUUGAGAUCAAGGAUCGCUUUGCACUGUUUGCUGGGCCCCGGCUGCACAACAUGGCUUCACUUUACGGCCAGCUGGACACCACCAAGAACCUGAGGGACUUCUUUACCAUCACAGACCUGAGAGUCCGCCUGCUCCGACCUGCUACAGGAGCUACGAUGGUGGACGAGAACAACCUGUCCAGAUACUUCUAUGCCAUCUCUGACAUCAAAGUCCAGGGCAGGUGCAAGUGCAACCUUCACGCCAACAGCUGUGUGUUUGACAAAGAGAAGCUGAGCUGCGAGUGUGAACACAACACUACCGGGCCAGACUGUGGCCGCUGUAAGAAGAAUUACCUAGGGCGAGCGUGGAGUGCUGGCUCCUACCUGCCCAUCCCCAAGGGCACGGCUAAUAUCUGUAUUCCCAAUAACAUUGGUCCAGUUAACUGCGAAUGCUUCGGCCACUCCAACCGAUGCAGCUACAUCGAGCUGCUAAACACCGUCAUUUGCGUGAGCUGUAAGCACAACACUAGGGGCCAACACUGCCAGCUAUGCAAGCUGGGCUACUACCGCAAUGCCUCGGCAGAACUGGACGAUGAAAAUGUGUGCAUAGAGUGUAAUUGUAAUCCCUUUGGCUCAGUCAGUGAUCGCUGUAAUGGCACAGGAUUUUGUAUAUGUAAGGAGGGCACUACAGGGCCUAAAUGUCAGGAGUGUCUACCCGGCUAUUUGUGGGACGAUGGCUGCAAAUCCCGGGUGUGUGACAACGAGCUCCAGCGCUGCCAAAAUGGCGGGGUGUGUGUCAACAACGUCCGCUGCAACUGUCCCUCGGGCUACACAGGCCUGCAGUGCGAGAAGCGCCGCUGCGAGUCGGAGCUGGGGGGCUGCGGGGGCCCCGACUCGGGCCAGGCCCCCCUGACGGCCCCGUCCUCCCCCUGGCUGCUGCUGCUGCUGCUGCUGGGCUCGGCGCUGCUGAGAGAGGCCUCCUGCCGGCCCGCCGCGCUCUAAAGAGACCCGUGACCUGGUGGGAGUGAUCAGCUCCCCACCGCCCUCCACCUUAACCUCCCCCCAUCCCCCUCUUUCAAAUAAUCAACAACCAUUAAACAAGAACCACCAUGAGCUUUUCUGGACUGUACUUUACUGAGCUUGUCCGCCGCCAGACUCAAUGGACACUCGCGCUGACAAUAAAGGGAAUGUGCCAGACGAAUGAGUGCAAAAAAAAAACUUUUCAUUUAAUUUCAAAGAAUAUAUAGAAAUGAAAAAAAAAACCAUAUACUUCUGAAAAUGCCAGAUAUUAUAAAAGAAAAAAAGAGCGUUUGCCUAAUAAGAGUUAAAUGAGCAAAGAACAAUGAGCCCCCCGCCCCCUCUAAGCCAUACCAGGUACUUGAGCUCCUUCCAGUUUGAGAAGAGACAACUGAAGAUGACAGACUCGCUCACUUCCUCUCUUAUUGCCACGGCAACAGCUGCGACCAAUCGGCUCUCGCACGGGCAGACAGUGGCCGCCCCGGGGGGGGGGAUGCUUCUGCGAGUUAAUGUUGGCUGGACUUAUGCCGAAGAGAUCGCAAAGAAACUGUCCCCGCUGAGUGGCAAAGACUGGCCUCUGAGACGUAACCGUUAUACUUCACCACAACGACAAACAGAACAAAAAAAAAUAAAAAACCACAAAAAACAACAGGAAGCAUUCUUUGCUGUCAGUGCAUUGUGGAUAGAAGGAAAUCUGUCCGGACUGCCACUUCGUGACACAGAAACCUAGCCCACGUCGAUCCCUUCUCUCGCUUUGUCUCCCCCUUCGAGCCCUAUCUCACCCUCCCUCCUGUUCAUCCUCCCCUCCUCUCCCAUCAACCACCCCCGCCCCAUAUCCCCUCGCCAUGCCGCCACAGACCUGUGCUUUUCGUGAACGUUACUCUGUAAAACCCUUGUUGGUUGAAAGAUUCUUUUGUCCGAUGUUAGUGAUGCACAUGUGUAAGAAGCCCACCUCUCCCCUCCUCUUCCUCUCUCUUUCCAAAAAAAGAUACUCCAGUAACGCCGUCUGAUUCUUUUCUAUCUUAGAGCCGCCACGCUCCCCACGAUCAUGGUCAGAGGAUAGUCUUCACCCGAGCAGACGAGAAUUGCAUAGAAAAAAAAAAACAUCGGUGUAUUUGCAAGUUCUUUUAUCGACAGAGCAAACUUUAAAAAAAAAAAUAGAGUCAUGUAGUCUUUUUGUAUCUUUGCCGAACUGUGAUUGAAAAAAGGCAACCUUUAAUGUAUCUAUUUAAGACAUCCCAAAACGCGGAAGCAACUGUUUCUGGUUUCUCUGUUCCUCUUGACUUCUGUUUCUUUCAUCCACUUAUUUUAUUUGUUGGUAUUACUUUUAGUUGUGCAGUUGAUUUUCCUUUGUAUUGGCAACGUGCUGGCAUCAAAGAAUAUCAGUUUACAUAUACAGUAUUAAUAAAGUGUAAUAAAAUCCCACCAAAGGACAUUAUAAAUGUUUUGUUCUUGCUUUAACACUUGAGAAUUUAAGUGAAUAAAAGUUUAAAAACGAA